CCGGGCAAGGUAUGACCACCGCCACUCCGGCCUCUGCGUCGCCGUCGCCGUCAUCGUCAUCAUCGACGACCUGGCAUGACGAGUACGACGACCACGGUGCCUCGUCACAACCCCGUUACGGCGACACCCCCUCGAACGUGACGGGAAGGGUCGGUCACUCAGCCUUCCUGCCUUGCGUCGUUCACCAUCUCGGGGAUCGGUCUGUCACGUGGAUGAGGCAACGAGAUCUCCACAUCCUAACAGCUGGCAUCUUCACCUACUCUGCCGACGAGCGAUUCAGGGUCCUCCACCCUGAGAAUUCCAACGACUGGACCCUUGAGAUUCGGUUCGCGACGCUCAGGGACUCAGGGGUGUACGAAUGCCACGUGAACUCCGACCCGAAGAUCAGCCGUCACGUCUAUCUGGUCGUUUCAGACAAACAGCUUGACGACCCGGCCAUCUUCGGCGCCGCUACAGCCACCACGGAGCCAGCGCCCGUGGUAAUGAUCGAGGGGCCUUCCGAACGCCACAUUCAAGCAGGAAGUGUUCUGUCUAUUACGUGCCUGGUGCUGCACCCCCUUCAGCAGGCGCCGGCCCACGUUCUUUGGUUCCACGGCACGGAGAACAUUGACUACGAUUCCCCGAGAGGCGGCGUCUCCAUUCAGGUGAGUUUAUGAGGCGCUGUUGAUGGAUUCUGGGUUGUGGGGAUGGUUAAAGUUGUUUUGGGGAAGGAGUUUCGGUCUUUAGGAGAAAUGGAAAGGGAUUUUUUUUUUAAAGGAUUUCCGGUUUUAGGAAGGUAUAGAGGUGUUCUAGUUAAGGAUUCUGGAUGUAUGGUAAGUUUAGAUGUGUUUGUCUGUCGCGUGUUUGGUGCUGAAAUCCCAGUCCACGUUCAUUGGCUUUACUUCAGGGACUCCCCGAGAAGCGGCGUGUCCAUCCACGUGAGUUUAUGAGGCGCUGUUGAUG